AGAGAGAGAGAGAGAGAGACGCGGUUUUCGAGCAGCGAAAUCCGCCCAACUUCCCGAUUUCCAUAAAAAUCUGACUACUUUUUCGAUCUCCUUUCGUUCAUCUCUGCUUCUUCUUCUCCCUUCUUCUCGCUUCUCUGCCUUAUUUUUCAUUUCAAAGUUCAUGGCACAAAGAAAAGAGCAUUCCGAUUCGGCUUCGCGUCAAACCGCUACCAAUUCUUACCAGGUUGCCGGAAAAACUGCAGCAAACGGCAUGGUUUUUCAGGUCGACCGUAAAGAUCCUGUCAUUCUUCUUUCCGUCUCUGCUUCUGUUCAAGAUUUAAGAUCUUUGGAUAUGGAGAAGGAGACGAAAGAAAUCGUUCGUGAAUCUCCAAGAGGGAUUCUUGAGGAUUGCAUGAGGAGCUUAGAAACCGAAUCGGAAACCUCUAUGGCCAGCACGUCGUCGUACUCGGAAGCUCCGGGGAAUGCAUGCAUUGCAUCUUACUGGGGAGGAUUCUUUAACUUCUGGAAAAAGCGGUCUCUGAAACGGCUAUCUACCUUCCCUCCAUUGGGAGUUCCAAAGCUCUCGAAGAGAUACACCCGAAGCGCUCGAGAGAAUCCGACAUCGAUACCGCUCAUUGAUGAGGCCAACCUCUGCUGCUUCAAACCAUCUUGGAGGAAUUUUAGCCUCACUGAGAUUAGUGCCGCAACGAGCAAUUUCAGCUCUGAAAAUAUAAUUGGAAAGGGAGGCUACGCCGAAGUCUACAAGGGAUGCCUUCAGGAUGGGCAGCUCGUGGCGAUUAAGCGGCUGACUAGAGGAACAGCGGAAAAGAGGAUCGCCGAUUUUCUGUCAGAGAUUGGGAUUAUAGUUCAUAUCAAUCAUCCUAAUGCUGCUAAGUUGAUUGGAUUUUGCGUUGAAGGGGGAAUGCACCUUGUUCUUCAGUUGUCCCCACAUGGGAUCUUAGCAUCUCGACUUCAUGACUCGAAUGAGAAACUAGAUUGGAGUAUACGAUAUAAGGUUGCAUUAGGGACUGCUGAGGGACUUAAUUAUCUUCAUGUGGGUUGCCAAAGACGGAUAAUUCAUAGAGAUAUUAAGGCUGCUAAUAUCUUGCUUACAGAGGAUUUUGAACCUCAGAUUUGUGAUUUUGGGCUCGCAAAGUGGCUUCCUGAUCAAUGGACUCACCAUACCGUGUCAAACUUUGAAGGCACCUUUGGUUAUAUUGCUCCCGAAUACUUCAUGCAUGGCAUAGUCAAUGAGAAAACAGAUGUCUUUGCUCUUGGAGUACUUCUAUUGGAACUAAUCACAGGCCGCAAAGCGUUGGAUUGUUCCCGACAAAGCCUUGUGAUGUGGGCAAAGCCUUUGCUCGAUAAGAAUGAUAUGAGGGAGCUCAUCGAUCCUUCUCUUGAUGAUGUCUAUGAUCCACAGCAAAUGCACCAUGUCGCUUUGGCAGCUUCCUUGAGCAUACAACACUCCCCCCUAAUGCGGCCUAAUAUGGGUCAGAUUGUACAGCUUCUAAAAGGUGAAGGCAGCUUAGAGUCUAUAAAACUAAGCCAACGGCCACUUCUACAAAGGACCUACUCGGAGGAGCUCUUUGAUGCUAAUGAAUAUAAUUCAACAAGGUAUUUGAAUGAUCUUAAUCGACAUCGGCAGCUGGCGUUAGAUUUUUGAAACCAUCAAUGCAUCGAUGGUCCAUUGUUAGUGAACUAUAAACAGUAGGGGAGAUGCAAUGAUUCUUUUUUGUAGUUUGGAAAUCUGCUUCGCUCAUGUUUUGUAAAUAAGGCAAAGAAAUGGAUUUGGAUUAGCUCCCUGUUCUUGAUCAUUUCUGUUGGGGCUUGCAAAUUUUGCGGAAGAUUUACAGAUUUUAUUAAAUAUGCAUGUGUCGUGUGAAUGGACAGAAGUAUCAUGCAUAUCAGGAAUGAUUUUUGGAAAAUUGUUACCAUGUGGGUUGGCUCCAAAUAUGGAUUGACCAUUGAGUGGACCUCAUGGUUUAGCCAUGGUCUGAGGUUUGAUGGAUUGUCUGAACUGUCUGACUGGAGGAUUCGAUGGUUGAAUGUGUGCUUUGUAAUAGCCUGUUCAGAACUUGUUGGUAAUGAAGUGACAAUCAACCUCAA